UUUUUUGAAAUGACGCUCGUCGAGUUUUGGGUUGUGCUUUUACACCUGUCUGUUUGGUUCUUCCCAAGCAAAGCGCUUUAUUUUCAUAUUGCAGAGACUGAAAAAAAAUGUUUUAUCGAAGAAAUACCCGAUGAGACAAUGGUGAUAGGGAAGUACAAAACACAGCUGUGGGAUAAACAGACAAGCUCUUUUCUUCCAGCUACCCCUGGUUUGGGUAUGCAUGUUGAAAUCAAAGAUCCAGACACAAAGGUUAUUCUCUCUCGUCAGUAUGGCUCUGAUGGCCGCUUCACAUUCACCUCCCACACGCCAGGAGAACAUCAAAUCUGUUUGCAUUCCAACUCCACUAAGAUGACGCUUUUUGCUGGAGGAAAACUGAGAGUGCAUCUAGACAUUCAAGUGGGAGAGCACACUAACAACUACCCGGAGAUAGCUGCCAAGGACAAGCUUACAGAACUGCAGCUAAGAGUGCGCCAGCUCCUUGACCAGGUGGAGCAGAUACAAAAAGAACAGAAUUACCAAAGGUAUCGGGAAGAGCGAUUCCGCAUGACAAGCGAGAGUACAAACCAGCGAGUUCUCUGGUGGUCUAUCGCCCAAACUGUCAUCCUUAUCAUCACUGCUAUCUGGCAGAUGCGUCACCUGAAGAGCUUUUUUGAAGCCAAGAACCCAGGCGAGAUGCUUCUGACGCUGUCUCUUGUUCAAGAGUGGGUUGACACAAGGAAUGCGACAGCUGAAACCCAUGUCUUGCAUACGUCUGUGCGUGGUGGUUCUUGAAGCACUGACUCCAGCUGCAGUCCACUCUUUGUGAAUAUCCCCCACAUUUUUGAAUGGGUUUUGUUUCACAAUCCUCUCCAGAGUGCGGUUAUCCCCAUUGCUUGUACACUUUUUUCUACCACAUCUUUUCCUUCCCUUCGCCUCUCUAUUAAUGUGCUUGGACACAGAGCUCUGUGAACAGCCAGCCUCUUUAGCAAUGACCUUUUGUGUCUUGCCCUCCUUGUACAAGGUGUCAAUGGUCGUCUUUUGGACAACUGUCAAGUCAGCAGUCUUCCCCAUGAUUGUGUAGCCUACAGAACUAGACUGAGAGACCAUUUAAAGGCCUUUGCAGGUGUUUUGAGUUAAUAAGCUGAUUAGCGUGUGGCACCAGGUGUCUUCAAUAUUGUACCUUGUCACAAUAUUCUAAUUUUCUGAGAUACUGAAUUUGGGGUUUUCAUUAGUUGUCAGUUAUAAUCAUCAACAUUAAAAGAAAUAAACAUUUGAAAUAUAUCAGUCUGUGUGUAAUGAAUGAAUAUAAUAUACUUUUUUUUUUUUUGUUCUAUUAUUGUACAGCGACCUUGAGCUUGGUGAAAGGCGCUAUAUAAGUUGAACUUAUUAUUGAGGUUGUACCAAGCGUUUCCAUUUCAAAAUUAUUGAGGCAAUUGUGGUCCUAAAAACACACAAAGCCCUGGUCUAUAAAUUGCCACAAUUUAAUUGCAGACAGUUCUUUGGGCUUCAUGGUUCGGCCCUUAAAGACUCAGGUGUUUGUCUUUUCAGACUGUGUCCAAUCAGUUGAAAUUGCAACAGGUAAUCUUUGAAAUAUAGACACAUCUUAGUGAUACUUAAAGUAAACAAGAUGCACUGAACCACAAGUGAACCAGUAGUGGGUCUGAAUACUGUUGUGAAUAAGAGAUUUUAAUUUUUGAAAGACAUUUAUGACCCUGACCAAGAUAAAGUGGCUGAUGACAUUUUUGGAAAAUUAUGUGUAGUUUGAUAGGUGAAAAUGGUAAUUAUAUUCAUUCAAAAUCAAAUCCACAGUAUCUUUAUUGUUGUUUCUGUUGUUUAAUUUCUGUAAUUAAUAUGAUCUGAUCUUUUCAAAUUUCACAUAGGUGCACCUUAAUUUUCUUGUACCAUUGUUGGUUUAAUUAAUAAGUUCAAUAAAACAAGGAAAGCCAGUGA